UGGUCACACGCCAAUGACCGAUAAACUAGCCAGGAACUGGUAUGAUGAGAACAGCAGAGCCUGGGAGAGAUGGUGCAAAAAGAGACAGUCUAGAGUGAUCUUACACAAUAUCUAAUCCCUAUCACCAAGCAACUUCCCAGUGACUGAAGCAUCUAGCAGGACAUCUGGGCAUAGCACCAUGUUCUGGUUAUUUGGAACCUGCCUUCCAGAGGUUUGUUGUGAAGAUAAAACGAGGAGAUCUCUGUGCACCACUCAGAAUUCAUGUGAGGAAAAAUGGAAUGCAAAGGCUCUUCUGAUGUUCCCUGUUGACCUGAGACUUUCUCCUUCCCCAGAAUGCCCCUUGCAUCUAGCAUCACUGAGCGCAGCCCUGAAGAGACCAUGGACUCCGUCCCGGAGGAGUUCCAACAAGUCCUCUCCAUUGACCAGAUCCACGCCAUCCGUGCCAGUAAUGACUAUGUGGAGAGACCUGUUUGCUUCAAACAAGCACCCUCUAGCCUUUCUUUAUCCCAGCCACAGGCUAUCCAUAAACAGGAGGUGACUCAGGAUCGCCUGAUGACCUCUGUCAUCCAGGACCUUGCCCCUGACCAACCCCACCAGAUGCUGCCUCUUCAGCAGCCCCUGAGCCAUUCCAGCACCGCCAGUUCCAUCUCCCACAGCACCACUGCCUCAGAGCAGCGGCUGCUCAGUGGCAUCACGCCGUCGCACUCUGGGCAUUCGCUUAUCCGGACACAGCCCCGUGCAGACGACCUGAAGCCUGAGGAGCUGCUGAAGGGAACAUCCAGGAAACUUCCUGCCUUCCACUCGGGCCACCUCUUCAUCUGUGAGGAAUGUGGCCACUGCAAGUGUGCCCACUGUGCAGCUGCCCGGAGCUUGCCCUCUUGCUGGAUUUGCAACCAGCGCUGCCUCUGCUCCCCAGAGAAUCUCAUUGACUAUGGCACUUGCCUCUGCUGUGUCAAGGGUAUCUUCUACCAUUGCUCCUCGGACGACGAGGACACCUGUGCUGAUGACCCCUGCUCCUGUGGCCCAGGAUACUGCUGUGUUCGCUGGGUUGCCAUGAGCUUCCUCUCUGUGCUCAUGCCCUGCCUAUGCUGCUACUUUCCUACCUUGGGGUGCCUCAAACUUUGCCAGCGGGGCUACGAUGCUGUGAAACGACCUGGUUGUCGCUGCCGGAAUCACACCAACACUGUGUGUAGGAAGAUCUCCUCAUCAAGUGCAGCCACUUUACCCAAGACUUUGGACAAACCAGUAUGACUUUCUCAGGAAUGGGGGAGAUGAAAAUGGCUGUCCCUUGUCCCCUUCUUCAUCAUCUUCACCAUGUUCUUCUUUCCACUUCCCCAGCCAAAAGCCUCCAACUGAGGAGGAAGCAAAGACAGCAUGGCCAAAGCUGGCCAGACCCUGAAGCUCACUUGGGUGGUUGAUGCUUCUUCUGUAGUGGAGGAAACCGCUUAUCCCCUGUGUCAAGAUGGGCUUCGAAAGCUUUGCACAUUUCAACAAUGGCUUAAGGAUGGGUGGAAAUAGGAAGCAGGCAUGUGUUAUUUGCAAGGGGAAAGGUGCAGUUUGAUAUGGGAUGGCUCAGGAUUCUGACCUCCAGAAUGCCUUAUUUGUCUGUGGUGGGUUAAAAAAAAAGUAUUGCACUCAAGCACUAUAGUAUCUUGGAGAUCAGGCCAUUAUAUAAUUGGGAGUUGAUUUAACUUAAAAUAAGAUGAGUUUGGUUUAGUGAAGUAGUUGAGGGUGUUGGGCUGUGAGUGGAAUAACCAGGUUCAAAUCAUUUGUGAAACUCGCUGUGUGACAUUAGAACAGUCACUAUCCUCAGCCUUACUAACCUCGUAGGCUGCUGUGGGGACAAAAUGGGGGUCAGGGAGACAUAUAUACUUUGAGCUAUCUUGAGUCAAACCUGCUUUGGAGAAAAGGCUGAAUCAGAGUGAGCUCUAUCAUAUUAGAGGGAGGCAGUCAAUUGGCAAAUGCUGGUGUGGAGCAAUGAUGGCUUCCCAGUCACUUUUCUUGGCUUUCUUGUCUUUCUGUAGGCAGAUAGAGUUGAGAAUGCCACGCAACCUGUCCAGUCCCCCUAAACUGGUAUUGUAUGCUGUUCCCUCACCAGUCUUGAAUUGCUCAUUCCAUCACAUAUAGAAGGGAUGCUACCUUGCCCUCUACCUCAGGCAGCUAAAUGUGCUGGGCUGGCCCUGGGCAGAAUAUAUGUUUAGGUCUCAGGUCUCAUAGUCUCCUAAACUGAUGGGGUAGCAGAUAGCACAAACUGUCAGUCUGAAUCUGAGAUUACUCCUUUUGAUAGAUUGAAUAGAAAGCUCAUUUGGUGAUUUACUGACAGAAGUAACUUCUCCUCCUGCCUUCAGUCCUAGGCAGGAAGGCUUCCUUGUUACACCUUCUUGCAAAGAUUGCAAAGUUAGUUUUUUUAGAAUACAGAAAAUUAUUUUUCUGGAAUUCCCCUAAUUAGAUUAACUGGAUGACAUACUGGCUGGAUUGGGGGAUACUAGAAUACUGGGGGAUUUGGGGAGUUUAAGCCUAAAAAAGAAACUUUUGUACGUUCUGCUUGGUGCAUCAUGUGGAGUCAUGCCCUGUUCUACAAAUAAGCAGUGCCCAGGGCAACAGUUUUAAAGCUAGCAUUCCUGACACCUGUUCUCUUCAUGGGAAUAUGGCGGUGGAGAUACUCAAAGGAAAGAACAAAAAUACUAAACCCUGGGCCUGAAUAUUUCACUUUCACUCCUGGCAUAGCUUCCAAUUUGGGGAUUCUGGGGUGAAGGGGACAUAUUCUGUGCAAUGGAUAGUACAUGUACUGCCAGUUCCUCCCUGCUUAAAUAAAGCACCUUGGAUAUACCUGAUUACAACUACGGGGGAAGUGUUGGCACAACUUUUCCUAUAAAUCAGUUAUAGCACACAUUUUGCAAGGAGAGCUGGGAAAGAUCCUUGUUUGAUGUCCUGCAGAUUUGCUUUCAGCCAGUGUAGACCUUACUAGAUGGAUCAGUAAUAUAGGACAGGUUCGUUUAUGGGCAUUUCCUUCAAAUGAAGAGUAGGAUAACAUAGCUCUGAAUAUGAUCUGUACCCCCUCAGGUGGGUGGGCAAAUCUGUAUCAUUAUUGGGGAAUUUGCUUUUUUGGACUAUAAUUUCCAGAAUCCUUUAGCCAGGAUGGUGACAUGAUUCUCAGAGUUGUAGUCCAAAACCUCUUUUCUGAGUUCUCCUUCUCUGUAUUAAAUAAGAUCAUGCCCCCUAAUUGAGCAAUUCAUGGUCCUUCAUCUUCCACCACCCUUCUUAACAACGAUGGUUAGGACUGAUGGGAGUUGCAGUCCUGGUACCAUCUGAAGGGCCAUAAGAAGCUACCCAUUCCGGUAGUUGGAAAAGCAGAUGAAGGUGACAAAAUAUAUGGGUCAGAUCCUUAGUCCUGUAAUGCAUGUUGACCAAAUUCAUUGGUUCUUGGUAUGUUAGUCUAGGGUGUGAAUGAAAUCUACACAGGGAUUACUACCCCAGUUCUUGAAUUUUACAGGUAGAUGGCAUAAAACAAAUGCACAUUUUUGAUCUGCUGAACACUCUCGCUCUACAUGUUCUGCAGUCUCAGGGGUAGAGCAGAUUUGGUUUUGGGGUCAUCAGUAGUACAAGUAUGUUCAAGACCAACCUUUCUUAAACUGCAUUGGACUACAAUCCAGUCAUCCUCCAGUCAGAAUAGCAAUUUGGUAAGCUUGCCUGGGAUCGUGAGGUUUAUAUUCUGAUGCAUUUGGAGGAUACUAAGUACUAGAUGGAGGAGAUUUCCUUAGAUCCAAUGGAGGAAACAGUUGUAGAGGGAACAUGUUGCUGCUUCCUCCUCCUGAGACUCUUGCAAAUGCUGGGAGAAUGGCAUAGAUUGUAAAACUGAGAAACGCUUUCUACAAGUUCUUCCAGUUGUUUGGAUUUAUCUCUGUGUUCUCUCUCUCACUCCAUAUGAUAGCUUAGAAAUACUGCAAAUCAUGUCUGUGACAACCUGCUAUAAAUGGGUGCCAUAUACAAAGUCUGGCAAAAGGAUUUUCUUCAGCUCUGUGCAUUAUGCCAAUUCAAGACUAUUGAAGUUUAUUGGAGUUAUUUUGGAGGGUUUUUACAUGAGGUUCCUUGCAUAGUAUCAGUAUCAGGAUGUGGGACUCACCAGAGAUGGAGGUGGCUGUUCCAAAUUUGGAUGGCUCCUUCUGCUUAAGGUUUGGUGGUAUUUCAGAAGUGAUCUCCUUGUAGAUUUGAAAGCAGUAGUUUCAUCCUCUUAUUCCUCUCCCCUCCUUUUAUUGUCUUCCAACUUCAAUACACUGUUUCUUCUUCUUUUUUGGUGGGAAUAGGCCAUGGUUUCCUUAAAGGCCAGUGCAAUGGAAUCUGAUGCAUUUGAGUUGAAACAAGUGUGGAAAACCAUGUGGUCCUCUUGAAGCUGUUGGACUGAAACUCCCAUUACGUGAUGAUGGGAGCUACAGUCCAACAUGAUCUGUGGGGCCACAGGUUGUUCAGCCCUGAGCAAGAAGGUGCAUUCAUACUUAAUGCUAGAUUUCUGUACAGGCCUCUAGCUUCAUAGGUACAUUUAGAAUUGGGAGUUGUGUAGCUGAGCAGAAAGACAUUGUAAUGUCAAAUCUCAUGCACACUUAGCAUCAGCAGUGUUUCUGAGUAUCUGAUCACAUGCAACUCUCUCAAUGGUGUUGCCUAUCUGUCUGUUGCCUCCAUCCUUCUUCUGUUACAUUCACCUUGUCUCUGAAGGCCCCCUUCUGUCUCUGGGUGGCUUGUGCUCUGAGCACAUUAUUUCCUCUCCCUGUCCAUUGAAGUAGCAUGUAGAACACAGGUAACAUGGAACAAAGCAUUCCCAGACACAAAAGGAGUAUGAUGUGUCCUCUAAGAUUGAGUUUCCCCUCUCAUUUCAUAUAAGGCAUCAUAUCUGCUCAUAAUAUAUCUUCUUUGUUGUAUAUAUUUUUUCACCACACUCUACCAUUUAAAAAAGCAAAAUAUUUAUUUAAGAAGUUUAUUUGAAAAGUUUUUAAAAGAAUGCAUCAUAACCUAUUUAUUAUAACAUUAGUUGUGCAUCUGGUUCCCCCCCCCCCGUCUCUUACAAAUCUAAUUAAACUGUUACUAAACCACUGCUGAAAUGAAAGAAAUAAUUCUAUGGGUGGUGUCUUGAACCACCUCAA